AUGGACUCACUCGAUAGGGACCUGCGCCGUUCCGCCCUUUCGCGACUCGCAAAGCUGGCCGCUGCCUCUCCUGCACCGCCAGUUCCAGACUACAGUAACAAUAUCAGUAUCCCGUCGUCGCCCACCAGGCGCAAUCAACAACCACCCCCACCACCCCCUCCAGCUACCGAUUUCGAGAAACUCGAAGAGGAGAUCCAAGGUGGUACCCGUUUUACCAAUGGUGGUGGUGCCGCUUUUAUGAAUGGCGGACCUAGGUCCUCCUUUAUCAAAUCCUCGCCUCAGACACUUAAUGCUCGGGAUAUCGAAAUCAUACUGGCCCUCUGCGGCUCCGUCGAAUUUGUCAACUCCACUGAGGCAGCCUCCAAGCUCGCCCGUCUGCUAUCCCCUUACCUCAUCGAUUCUUCUAUCCUCCAAGUCGAACAAUCCCCACAGCUACGUCACUUCAAUCCUAGUCCAUGGGAGUCUCUGACAACAUCUAUCACUGAUUCUCUCGCUCUCGUCGGCACUCUAUUCCCUUCCCAGAGAGAUUCAAUCGUUUCCACUCUUAACUCCUAUCUCCGGCGCAUUAAAUCCCAGGCUGGUGGUACCCCGGACUUCUCCGAUGACCGUGCUGCUAUUCCCGUAGCUACUCUCGUCGUAUCUCUCCUCGGCUUUUUUAAUUCCGCCGCUAAGCGUAUGGAUCUUUGGAAUCACGAAGAACGAGUUGAACUCAUCAAAACUGUCCGUGAAAUACUCUCGCCUAAUUUUCUCUUGUCCGCCGAAACCGCUUUCUCUACCAUUCGCAACUCUCACGGCAGGGAAUUGAAAUUAUGGAAGAGAUAUACCCGUCAAUAUGCUGCCUCCGGCCGUCCGUUGGGUGCCAUGCUCCUGCAACAGGGCUUCACCUGUCUCCUCGCCGCUUCUACCUCCCUUCUUGUGGUCGACCCAAAGCUUCUCAGGGAUCGCGAUGUUCUUGACGUCCUCUUGGCCCGCACCAAUAAAACCAAGGAAACAAUCAUCACCCCUGGUUCAGCCUCCCCUUCUACUCGGAAGGCUCGUCUCAAUCGUUUGUCGUCGCACUCUGACGCCCUCACUAACGGCCAUGACCAAAAUGACCUGGUAUCUUCUCUCGUUGACAUGAUCACUGAAAUCUUGGCCCUCGUCGAGGAUGGCGCCGACUAUCUUCAAGUUGGUAGUGCCUGGCAACAACGUUUAGCAUUCUCCGUCAAGGCAUACGCCUUCAUCUCUUUCUGUAACUGUGUUGAAUACCGUCGUCGCCACCCAACUCUUAACCAUCUCGAAGACGUGGAAAGCCGUGACGAGCACGCUGACCUUCUUAUCGGAUUACUCGAAGCUAGUCUUGAAGAUCCAAUCCAAAUGGUUGACCAGGACCUUGCUAGAACUGUAUUGAAAAUUAUGGCUAUUGUAGGCAAGAAUGACCCGUCGUUCGCUGUCGCCGUGAUUAGGCUCUUCCCUCGGUAUAUUGUGCGAAGCGGUGCCGAGAAAGAGACGAUUAGGGUUGCUGGGAAAUGUCUUGCUAGAGUUCUCCAGACUCUGUCCCAAGAUGCCAUGAUCACGACUUUGUAUACCUUGGGGAAUGUACUCUCCUCAGGUAAUCCGGAGAGGGCGCUUACUGCGAACACGCGAGAGAAGAUUCAUCCCGAACUUCUUGAUGUAAACGCCCUUGGUUCUUCGAUUUCUCUGUCCUUGAAUUCCGAGGAGGAAAAGUUUUUAGUCUAUGAAAGGGUUAUCGAGGCCAUCGUCGGUGUCGCCUGUGAGAUGAAAGACGAAAAGAUGGUAGAACUUGCAGCUAGCAUCCUUGGUCAAAAGGUUGGAAAGAUCAAUGGCGCUGUUGAUGCUAAGAUUAUUGUCGAACUUGCCGUCCUAGCUCUUGCAGGUGGUCCUUUGGAACUCAAAACCGUCUUGAAGUUGCUUGAUAGGCUCGGAACGAAUGCGGUGGGUAUCCGCGACGUCAAUAUUGCAGGUGCGGUCUUGGAGGCUAGGAUUCACAUGUCCACGAAUCUUAAACCGGAUCAUCCGCUUUAUGAUACCUACCUCACUGGUCUCUUGGAGUGCAUCAUCAAUAAAGGAGAUAUUCACGAGCAAGAUACGAGGAAGCAGGCGGACCCAGAUAGCAGAACGUCGCCCGUUGAGCCACCGAAGUUACGUUUCCUGGCUGGCUCGCAGUUGUUCUUACACUUGGACAUUGUCCAGCUAGCUGCCCGGGAGAUUUCACAGUUUUUGCAACCUCUCGCGAUCUUACUCAAUGCCACUACACCCGAGAAGACAGAGAUGCCGCCUUAUAAUAUUCAUUCAAACAAGGAUAUACAGCAGCUCUUCCGAAACGCAUGGUUUAACUGCGUCGUCCACGGGUUCCUACGACAGAGCGAGUUGGUACAAACGCAUGAAUCUUUCCUUCGCAUUAUCGCGCGGCACACGCCUCCCCUCGUGGCCGAAACUAGGAUAAAUCACAUGGAAAGCGACAUGGACUUGAACACUAUCCUCCGCCGUGGGAUGAACACCCAAAACAUCGCAGAGCAGAAGCGGAAGCUCUCCAGCGCCAUUCCUACGCACGAUAGUGAAAUUCGAGGGUUGAGCUACCCGAAAGUAAUCUUUUUGCAGGCCGCUCUUCUGCUUGAGAGUUUGAGAGCUUUGGAGGGAGACUGCAGCAAGAUUCUUACGUACUUUGUAGAUCCUUCGUUUAAACAUGGCGACGAGGCUACUUGUAUGAGCUCUAUUGCUGCUGAGGUUAUCAGCAUCUACCUAAAGAAUGUGCAACAGGGUAAUCUGGAGGCAUUCCAGGCUCCUUACGUUUCUAAGCAACUCGUUGAGUUUUUCACCGGCUGUUGCCAUCGAGUCGAGAAAGUGCAAUUUGUGGCUGCUAUCUGUGCGAACAACAUCAUUACGGCGGUACCAUCGGCGUUGUGUCAGAAGUCAUCCAUGUUUGCAUUACUCGAACUUUUGACGUUGUUGUGGAACAGUUGUCUAGAAGCGGAGACGGACGAGUAUGGAUGGCAUUCCGUGUAUCGCAGUACUGUGGCGAACAUACAGAUUGAGCUGUCGGACUCCUUUCCGCUCCGGAAGAAGACACUGAAGACCUACCAUGAACGUGCGAAAGGGUGGUUGCUUCGGGUCCUGGACAUUGCGCCUUUGGAUGUCAAGGGGCUACUACAAAAGUAUCUCGCUAAGUUUAACGACGAAAAUGUAUUUGGGCAUGUCGCACUUGGAAGAUCUUUAGCGUAUGAUAUUGGCGCUGCUGUGCCGAAGAGCGAUCCAAGGCUCUCGACGUUGGCGGAUAUCAACCUUGCUUCCGACUUCAUGGCGCAGUAUACGAUCCGCCAGGCUUACCGGUAUGAUGACAACAUGCCUGAGCACGCGCCGGACUGGAUUCAUGAUUCGGAUCGACCGGACCAUACGGCAGAGAUAUAUGGAAAGCAUGGCGACGCACAGGCUUUCCUCACGCAUCUGGAGACUAGAGCUGUUAAUGGCAAGUUCGUGGCUAUCAGUGAGGUGCGGGAUAUAUUGAGGCGAACGGCCGGGUUGCUUUGUCAGUCGCACACUGAGGAGAGUAUUCUCAUCCAACAUUUUGUGGGAAUACCUUUUGCUAUUUUUACGAAACAGAGCAUUAAAUUGGGAAUCUCGCUGUGGAUGGGGGUUUUGAAUGAGAACAAGAAUAUUGCGCCACGGAUACUUUGUGAAAUUGCACGGAACUGGGAGUUGACGGUGAGGAAGAAGCAAGGGCUGUUCAAUCCUAGCUUUGAUGCGCCCGAUGCAUUCAAUACGAAGAUGGAGUAUGUGCCUUCUGAUAAGGGGCUACUUACAAAGCAUCAGACCGCAGCUAUCAAUAUGCUUUCGCCACAUCUUACGCUCUUGAAGUUUUUGAGCAGCCAUUUUCAUGCGUCGAGGCAUGGUGAUCCGAAUGUUAUCCGAAUGUUUUUGAGACUGAUUAGAAUCUCGUUGGUUGGACUGAAGAAUGCGAGCCCGCAUCCGCUAGCGAGAGAAGCGAGGUUUCAGUUUAUCUUAUUCUCCUUGCAAGUCUUGAAGUACACCCCGGGUAUUAUGCCAGCGGUGAUGCAGUGGAAACUGAAGGAUGAGAUAUUCUCUGCUGCGCUUAGUUGGUUCACUUAUCAACCAAGAUGGUCUUAUGGCGGGAAUAAGAUGCAGUUGAGGGCGGAAGGAUUAGUGAUGAGGGAGGUUGCGCUAGCAAUCCAAGGCCUCUCGGCGGUGGGGAAUGCGACAGUCAAGAGUCUGGAACUUAAGCAGGAGUUGCUUUUGCUCUUGUUGGAAAACGAACAGGCUAGGGUAUCGACAUGGAUUACACCGUUGGAUGCACCGAGGAAGCAAGCACCUGUUCCUGGGAUCGUGCCGCGACAGGUCAGCGACGUUACGCUAGUUACGUUGCUGCAGACGGCGUGGAAUGAGAACCCGGCGUUAGCGAUCCAGAUGAUUGGACGGUUCCCAUCGAAGAGGUAUGAGGCCGAGGUGAGGAAGAUGAUGCUGGCGUUCCCAGAGAAGGUAGUUAAGAUUCCCGAGGCGCUUUAUUAUAUCUUUGGGGAUAAAUUGCCAUUGGACGUUAACUUUCAGCUACGUUACCUGCUCUACUGGGCGCCGUUGAACCCUAUAUCUGCGGCGACGUAUUUGUUACCGUCGUAUGCGAACAAUCCGUUUUUGUUGCAGUAUGCGGUCCGAGCGUUGGAGAAUCAUUCGAUCGAUGUUACGUUCUUCUAUGUUCCGCAGUUUGUGCAAACUCUACGAUAUGAUGCAUUGGGGUAUGUUGAACGGUGGAUUUUGGAAACCGGCAAGUUUUCGCAGUUGUUUGCGCAUCAGAUUAUUUGGAAUAUGAAGGCGAAUGCGUAUAAGGAUGAGGAUUCAGAAAUCCCGGACCCCAUCAAGCCUACUUUGGACAAAGUUAUGGACCAUUUGAUUUCUAGCUUCUCACCUGCUGAUCGGAGCUUCUAUGAGCGGGAGUUUAGCUUCUUUGGAGAGGUUACGGCAAUUUCCGGAAAGCUGAGACCGUUUAUUGGACAGCCCAAGGAAGAGAAGAAACAGAAAAUUGAAGAGGAGCUGAGGAAGAUUAAAGUUGAUGUUGGCGUGUACCUACCGUCAAACCCUGAUGGCAUAGUCAUUGGAAUUGAUAGAAAGAGUGGGAAACCAUUGCAGAGUCACGCGAAGGCGCCGUAUAUGGCGACAUUCAGGGUGAGGAAGAAGGCUAAUGCCAGUGUCGCUGGAGAUGAUGUGGGGAGCCCUAGAGCUGAAAGUCGGGUCUCAGGAGGAUUGAUAGGGGAAGAGAAGUGGCAGGCUUGCAUAUUCAAAGUUGGAGACGAUUGUAGGCAGGAUAUGCUGGCUCUGCAGUUGAUUAGUGCUUUCAGGAGUAUUUUUAAUAGCGUGGGAUUGGAUGUAUUUGUCUUCCCGUAUAGGGUUGUGGCAACGGCACCCGGGUGCGGUGUGAUUGAAGUCCUGCCUGACUCGAUUUCAAGAGAUAUGCUUGGGCGAGAGGCGGUCAACGGGUUGUAUGAUUACUUCACAACUAAGCAUGGUGGCGAGGAUUCAAUCAAAUUCCAAGAGGCACGAAGCAAUUUCGUGCAGAGCAUGGCGGCCUAUUCGGUUAUUUCGUACCUCCUCCAGUUUAAAGACAGACAUAACGGAAAUAUUAUGAUCGAUGGGUCUGGGCAUAUCAUUCAUAUUGACUUUGGUUUUUGCUUCGACAUCGCUCCCGGUGGCAUAACCUUCGAACGCGCACCUUUCAAGCUCACUGCUGAAAUGAUUGCUGUGAUGGGUGGAAGCCUUGAAUCCCAAUCCUACCGUUGGUUUGAAGAGCUUUGCGUCAAAUCCUUUUUGGCGUGUAGACCUUACUGUGAGCAGUUGGCACACUUGGUAGUAUUGAUGUUGGAUAGCGGGUUGCCGUGUUUCAAGCCGGAGACGAUACAGAACUUCAAGGCGAGGUUUGUGAUGGAGAGGAGUGAGCGGGAGGCGGCGGAUUAUAUGAGGGGCCUGGUGAAGAGGGCUUAUGGAAGCUACAGUACUAGGGGAUAUGAUCAGUUCCAGCUGUUGACUAAUGGGAUUCCAUAUUAG